AUGAGCAUCAUGAACAGCUUCGUCAACGAUAUUUUCGAACGUAUCGCUGCGGAAGCUUCCAGAUUGGCACAUUACAACAAACGUGCCACGAUAACUAGCAGAGAAAUUCAGACAGCCGUACGACUAUUGCUACCGGGAGAAUUGGCCAAGCACGCAGUCAGCGAAGGUACCAAAGCCGUCACCAAGUACAAACCAGUUCAAAAUAAUAUAGACGUUGUAUUCGCUUCGACGGUUAUACGGUUCGAAAAAUAA